AGUUCCCCGAGUCAUAAUAAAGCAAAAACCCAGAAAGAGAGAAGUCACAAGACAGUCGCUUCACGGCAUAUGAUCGAUCAAAUUAAUAGAGUCUAUUAAAGAUCAAAACUUUCAUCCAACUCCAACCUAAUUCCUCCACUCAACAAUUCCUCUUGCUUCCUUGUUCGAUCCCAUCUAUUAAACCCUAUUUGGAGCUUGCUGAAUUUGCAGAUUAUAGAAAAAGGUGAGAACUUGCUUUGAUUUGUUUUGGAGCAAAUUGAUCACGCCAAGUGUUUGAUAUAAUGGCUCACCCGAUUGGUCCAAGACUGUAUAGUUGCUGUAACUGCAGAAACCAUGUUGGACUUCACGAUGAUAUCAUCUCUAAGGCUUUUCAGGGAAGAACUGGGCGAGCCUUCCUCUUCUCCCACGCUAUGAACAUUGUAGUAGGGGCUAAAGAGGACCGGCAUCUUCUAACGGGUCUCCAUACCGUGGCUGAUAUAUCUUGUGCUGACUGUAAUGAACCAUUGGGUUGGAAGUACGAGCGAGCAUAUGAGACCUCACAAAAGUACAAGGAAGGCAAGUUCAUAUUCGAAAAGGCUAAGAUUGUCAAGGAAGAU